AUGGGUUGGUUCAGCUCCGACGAGAAGUCCGCUGCGGCUACGCACCCCGUCAACCUCGACGUCACCACAAAACACGGUUCCGCAGCCGAGCAAGAUCGUUACGGCCAGCACUUCGGCGCCUCAACCGAUGCCAUCCGCCGCGGUGUCGACAAGGGCCUCGACAAGCUGCAACAAGCUGCCCUGGCCAGGGGCGAGGGUGCCGAGCAAGACCGCUACAGCGAACAUCUGAGCAUCGGUGACCGUGGCUACAACGCCAUGAAGGACGCUGCCAAGUACAAGGGCGACGGCGCCGAGCAGGACCGGUACAACGCACACUUCAGCCCGGCCCUGCACAGCAUCGAUGCUGCCAAGGCAGUACAGGCUGCGGGAAGCGUGGCUGCAAACGGAGAGAAGAACGCCAAGUACUUUGGUCUUGGCUACGAUGGUCAGCAAAGGGCGAAGCUGUUGGCUGGUGGCGGAAUGGGUGCAGAGCAGGACCGCCUUGGCUCGCAUUUCCACCUGACCAAGGAUGCUGUCGCCGAUGCCGCCCAAAGACUGAAGGAUGGUGCAAAGGAUAUUCUCCCCAGGCGAUAG